CAACUGUCAGAAUUUUUCUGUUUAUCGAUUUUGUGAUAAGAGAAUUUGGAAAAGUUUUAUUCUUGAAUGAGCAAAAGUUGUGGCGUAUCUUCAUAAUCCUGAUAAAUUUGCCGUUGAAGUUGUUUUCGAGCGAGGAACAGUGCACUGGAUUUAAAAAAUGAAUUUAGACUUCGCGAAAUUGUGCGGCAAGCACGGUGCCAUUUAUGAGGCAUAUUACAAACAGAUUGACCCUAAAGGUUCUGGUGCUAUUGAAGCGAUGACGGCAGCGAAAUUUUUGAAAAAAUCUGGUCUUAGUGAUGUGGUGCUGAGUCGGGUUUGGGAUUUGUCAGAUCCUGACGGAAAGGGGUUUCUGGAUAAGCCUGGUUUCUUCGUUGCAUUAAAACUCGUCUCUCUGGCUCAAGCAGGUCAAGUAAUUAAUAUGAGCAACAUCUAUACAGAUACACUGAAUCCACCGAAAGUGGGCGAUAUUCCAAAAAUUAUGCCACCUCGCAUUCAAACUGUGCCAGUUUCGAGUGGUGGUAUUACAAGCGGCGAUUGGUCCAUAAGUGUUAUUGACCGUUUGAAGUAUGAACAACUGUUCGAGACCUUGAAACCUGUUAAUGGAAUGUUGGCUGGAAACAAAGUCAAAGGCGUACUCAUGGACUCGAAACUCCCAAUGGACACUUUGGGGAAAAUUUGGGAUUUAGCUGACCAGGACAAGGAUGGUAACUUGGACAAGCACGAAUUUAUCGUAGCCAUGCACCUAGUCUACCAGACACUGGAAAAGCGCACUGUACCAGAUGUGCUACCACAAGAGUUGCGCAAGCCAGGCGGAGGUCCACCUCCAAAACCAGCUCCGCCGUCUGUUGCAAGUAAUAAUGCUACGAUGCCGCGUGCACCUAGUGGCGAAGGGUUUGGCGAUGGUGGUUUUGUAGCCAACUUUCCUAAAGAUAUAGCACCUCCACCAGCUAUACCACCGCUGCCUGUUGCGAUACCAACAAUGACACGUGUUCCACCCGUAGGUGCUAGUGGUGUGCAACCACAGCCUCUUAUAUCAACAGAUCCUCUUAUACCUAUUGGCGCGCCACCUUCAGUAACAGCUAGCGCUGAUUGGGUUGUUAGCCCAACUGAAUUGAAACGCUUUGAAAUAACAUUCCGGGAAUCAGAUCGAGACAAAGAUGGGCUUGUAUCAGGACUCGAAGUAAAGAAUGUGUUUUUACAAUCGGGAGUGCCACAAAACUGUUUAGCGCAUAUUUGGGCGCUUUGUGACACAAAUCAAUCGGGCAAGUUGACAUUCGAGCAAUUUGCCUUGGCAAUGUGGAUGGUGGAACGUAAACAAAAAAACAUUGAGCCUCCGCAAGUACUGACAGCCAAUAUGGUACCACCGUCUAUGCGUAGCACUGUAUCUGGCGUGGAUUUGCAACCACAAGAACCAAAACCGGCAUAUUCUAAUCCUGAGCUAGAAAUGAUUUCAAAGGAAAUCGAAGAACUUGCCAAAGAGCGCCGUGCUUUGGAAACAGAAAUCGCACAGAAAGAGGCAGAUAUUCGCAUAAAAUCCGGAGAAGUUCGUAGCUUACAGAGCGAAUUAGAUACAUUGUCUGCCACACUAAAGCAAUUAGAGAAUCAACGCGGGGAAGCACAGAAACGGUUGGACGACUUGAAAGCACAGAGCAUUGAUUACCAGACGGUACUAGCAAACAUGACUUUAGAUAUAUUCCAAAUAAGAAAUCAGGUCAAUAAAAUACGCGAACAAUGCCAGAAACAGGAGGAAACUAUCAACGAGCAGGAGGGUGAACUGAAUGCAAAGCGAUCUGAGUUGCAAAAGCUAAAAGAUGAGGAGGCUGCGUUGCAGAAAGAGUAUGACCAAAAUAAUCGCGAAUUACAAAAGCUAACACAACACCUACAAAACACCCAAUUACAAAUAAGUUCGGUACGUUCUAUGGUUACACAAUUAAUGGAGACUCAGCGGCAAAUGACUGAUGCAUUGCUGAUGUGUCGAGCGGCCAUCUCAAAUCAAGACACCGAGUUAGUUUCAGAGUAUCAAUUAAAAAUCGAACCAGACUUCAGCGAAGCUCGUCAAACGCUCGAAAAGAAAGUUGAAGAACCUAAAGCGGACGAUCCAUUUGAUGAAAAUAGUACCGCAGCACCGGCAACGAAAACUUCGAACACAAACGGAUUUGUCAGUAAUGGCUUCAGUAAUGAUCCGUUUGCGGCUAAUAAUGUUAAUAUUGGUCGAAGUGGAUUUGAUGACAGCUUUACAGCCAACACUGGAUUCAGCGAUAGCGGAUUCGAUGCAUUUGGCAACAACAGCGGCUUCAAUCAGCCACAAACCGAUCCGUUUGGCAGUGAUGCAUUCAGUGGAAAUAAACCUAGCAAUGCUGUAACGCCCGAGCCGGGUAAAGAUGACUUUGGAAGUGAUCCGUUUGCCGCAUUGCAUGCACCUACGGGCCAAGGACAGGUGUUAAGCCCAAAUACUCAAAAGGCGGGACCACCUCCAAGGCCUGAAUCGCCAAGCCCAGCAUUGCCACCAAAGAAAUCGAAGGUGCCACCACCGCGACCAGCACCACCUCGUCCAAUGCAAGGACCCGCACGACCUGCUCAACCAUCUGCGGAUGCUUUCGGAUCGAAUACAUCUAGCGGAGGUGGUGGCUUUGCUGACUUUGCAGAUUUCGACAAUAAGGUCUCGAACAUUCCACCGCCUAUAGCAUUCCCCACACAAUCAACAUCUGCACUCCUGUCGCUUAACAGUACAAACAACAGCAGUAGUAGUUCAUUUGUCACCACCUCGACCACUCCCACCGCCAAGGUAAAGAGUGCCACAUCAGUCACCACCGCAUUUGCAUCGCCAUCAGUAUCCGUUUCAAGCGCAUCACCAUCAACGCCAGUGUCCACGUUAACGGCAAUUGCAAACAUUUCCAACAAUUCAUCCACUACGUCCUCGUCUCUAAAUGAUCAUUUAACGCGUUCCAUCACACCGCUACAACAGGCGUCCAAAGUAACAACCGGUACAGCUGCGGGUAAAAGUACCCGUGAGAGUCGAGCAUCUAUUAUUAUUGGUCCAACAGACUUCUCAGAUGAUCCCUUCAAGGACUAUCGAUAUGAGGAUCCAUUUAGUAUUAAAGACCCAUUCGCGGAUGAUGAUGAGGAUGAUACAGAUCCGGAGAAGGUUUUUAAGGACGAAAUAUCAGAUGAUGACAAAGUUAAGACCUCCAGUACGACCUUUUUAGCCAACAGCAUAAAUACGCAAACAUUUGGAACUAUUAAUAAAAGUACAACCCCACUUAGUGCUGAAUUUCUGGAUCGAUUCGACGCAAUCAAUUUGAAUCCCAGUCCGGUACCUUCACAACAGUCGUCAAUAUCAGGUGGUUUAACAGGUUUAGGUGUUAGCGCUGGUACUCACAGUAGUAUUAGUAGUUCAAGUAAGAAGUCAAAAAGCAUUACCCCUCCACUUCCAGCAGGAGGCGUGGUUGGUGGUGAUUCCAGCAGUCUAUUUGACAACUUUGCCAAAUUUGAUGCUUUUGGGGCGCCGAAAUCGAAAACGGCAGGAAAAUUGACUGCAUUUGGUGAGCUGGAAGCGGCUUUUAAAUGUAAUAGCUCUCAAGAGUCCACAACCAAUACAAGUGAUUCCUUUUUCGAUGCAUUUAAUGAUAAUUUUGACAAUAAUUCUAAUCGGGAUGUGAAGACAAACGCGAAUACUGAAAAGUCAAACGCUAAUGUCUUCGAUGCUUUUGGUGAUAACAAGACAAAUUUGGAUGCAUUUGAUGCCUUUGGUGCCUCAAAAAGUGUUGCCGCUACAACUUUAGAAUCUACAGAAAAUUUAGCAAUCACUAAAUCUUCUAAAAUGUUUGACGAUUUCAAUGACAAUACAUUUGAAGAUGAUUUCUUUAAAACAAAAGAUAAGAAUGCGAAUGCGACCAAUUUUGAUACUGAACUGACAACUAAAGAAAACAAUUUUGCUAAAUUUGAUGCAUUUGGUGAUAGUCACAAUUUUACUAAUGAUUUUGCUACUGCUCUAAAUAAUUCGAUCAACUUAAUUAAUAACGAAGACUCAAAGUCCUCGAAGGUUGUAACAGGCGCAACAUCACUGAUGAAAGUACAAAAUCUCACAACUCUAUCGAAAGUGUCAAAUCCGGAAGUAGAAACUAAAGUUUCAGAGAAAUUUGCUGCUGAUUACUCUAAAGCCGACACAUUCGAGUUGGACUUGCAGGAGGCACUCAAGCGUAGUGUAUUAGAUAAAUAAAGGAAUGCUAGCUACUGGCCCGAUACAAUUUAUACUGAAAUCGAUAAUACGAUUUAUAGAUUUGCUUAAUCUCAAUGUAUUCCGUUGUUAUAUAUACGUAUGUAUAUAUGAUGCAUAUAGUAACAGAAUAUGAUAGUUCGCCAUAAUAAUGGAAAUUAGACAUAAUUAGAAAUAUGGGCGUGGCCCGUUGAACAAUUCAAAUGAAGCUGAUAAAUUACUCAUUCAUCAUUAUGCCGUUUAUGUUUUUGCUCAGAUUUUGUACUCAUAAUUUUAUUUACAACGAGAAUGAUUUUUAUUCAUUAAGAAUAUUAAAUAUUUUUUCGCUUAGAAAUGGAUUUGCGUUGAGUUGCGUACACAGCUUUUCUGUUUGUAUAAAAAUGUGUCGCAAUUAUUGGAAUUGAAUUACGCAUGCGAACAUUGUAUUCCAGCUACAAUAGCUACACAAUACCAUAUACAUACAUAUAUAUUGGCAUAAUACGUACAAACAUAUGUUUGCGAUAACAACGUUGAUUGAAACUUAAAAAAAAAAAUUAUGAAAAUUGCAAGUUACAAUAUAUGUAAAUAUGUGUCGGAAAUUACUUACGUAUCGAAGAUUGUAAAUUACAAAAAAUUAUGUUAAUUGUAAUCAUUGAUCCGAAUUGCUUAGUUCUCAACCAAAAUAUCUGACAAUUCCAUAACUUAAAAUAAACGUAUUAUUUACUUUAUAUUAUAUUAUUUUCGUUUAGUUAUAUGACAAAUUUUUCAUUUACAUGAAUAUUUAUAAUAAAAAUGCAAAGACUGCAUACUGCAUACAUAAACAAAUGAAUAUAAAUAUUCGCCUAAUAUUUUAUUACGCAAAGUUGCAAAACACAAAAGUGCUAUUACUCGAAUUACAACUGUUGUAAGGUAAGAAAUACUUAAUAUAUUUUCAUAUUACUGUUAUUUCAUAAUGAAUUAUUAGAUGUUGCUUGAAUCUUACCACUUUUCUAACACAACUUUUCAGAUAGCAACCUUCAAAAAUUAAAAAGAUUCUCAC